AGAGACCAGCUCCGACGAGGAAAACAAAGACGUACAUGGAUCUAUUUGUCUGCAAGUGGAUGCAUCAGAAUAGAGCGGAGCAGGGAACUUGCUGGGUGUAUUUUCUAUGCCACAAAUAUUAUCUUUUUCAAAUUUAAUUUUUUUCAUCUGCUUCUGAUUUCAUAAUUAUUUCAACAAAGAAACACUCAGAAAUACUAUUUUUUGCAUAGUUUUCUUUAUAUACAAAAUUGUUCUCCUACUUGUGCGUCUUCAAUGAGUCGUUGCACGUGGUCCAAGACCAUGUACAGCACUCAAAGAAGACAUAAUGUUCCCACUUCAUUUAGUCCUGAGAGUGCGUUGAAUUAUUGAUCGCUCUCAGUCACAGAUAGGGGUUUUUCUGACUGUAUGUUUAAUCACUUCAUGUCUGUGCUCUCAGAAAGACCUGUUAGACUUGGACUUGUCUGAUUUGGUUUACUUUUUACUAUUUAAAGAUCCACUCUGAUGAAAAAGGUGCAUUUUAGUGUUUUUGUGGCAUUUUUCUGCGUAAAUAGUCUCGCUCUGCAGAAACUAUGUCCUAGAAAACAACACAGGUUUUUUGUUUUUGGCUGCACAAAUUUUUCAGUAUUCCGCCUUUUCAUUUUGAUCUACUUUUUUUCAUACAGAAUUCUUUGUAAUGUAAGAAGGCUGAAAUUUUCCCUGAUAAAGUUCAUCCAGGGCCCAGAGGAAAGCAUAGCUUGUUAGUUUUCAAAGGUUAAGUCUUCAACAUUGACUUCCAUUGAUCUCCCAUGUUCUUCAGCAGGUGGUGGAGGUCAAAGGAAACAGCACGUUCAGGUAGAACACAAAGACUCCAGCUUCCUGUCCUCCAGGGUUCUGUCAUAAUAACCCUCCAGAGCCUGGCUGUCCAUUUCAUGAUCGAUCCGACUGACCUCCCCAUUCCUUCUGCUGCUCCAUGCUGCCCCUCACAAACUCUUUCAGCAGUUUUUAGGGGUCAGCAUGGGCCCGUUUAAAAGCUGUUCUGUGUUUAAAAAAAAAAAAUCUCUCUUAGAAUUUCAGCGUUGGUGGAGCAGCAGAUGCCAUGUGGGAGUCAGACCACAUUUGUACUCCAUGUGCAUAAAUCAAAACAUCAAGAUGAAAAUGCUUACUUCUUUUAAGAUUCAUCUUACACUUUGGCAGCACUUUGCCACCAUGGAACAGAUCUUGGUUUAUACAUUUCACAGUUAUCUUUGUUAAAGAUUCGUUUAAAUUUUUUUUAUAUAAUUGUUUAGCAAAAUUGUGUCAGAAUCCUUUGAAAAUCCUAAAAAUGUGUAUAUUAUUUGGAAGGCUUAGGUCUCACACAUUUAUUUUUAUGUUGUUGUUUUUUUUCCCUUUUUGAAAUCAAAUUUUCAGUCAUAGCUUUAAAAUUGUCUCAAGUAAAUUAAAGCAGCAAUUUUUUCUUAUUUUAACAAACAAAAUAAAUUCAUUCAGGUUUUACAGGUUAUUGCAUUACUCUUUCAUCCACUAUUAAAUGGUUGGUUAUGCAUCUUUGGCACAAAUCAGAGCUGUCAGCCCCAAGUCCGCAGAAAUUACAGUGCCGCCUGUGCGUAAAAAUCACUGUAAAGCCUGUAAUAAAUGUAUUAAUGUAUUAGCACGUCUCAUAUCGGGCGUGGCAGGCUCGCCUGUUGGUGGUGGUGGUGGGGGGGGGGGGGGGGGAGAAACACACGACGCUACUCUGCUCCCGGGCUGUUGGAUGCUCCAUGAUGGAUGAGGAAUGACAGAUCGGGGUUAGCCGCCAGGGGAGUCCAUUUUCCUCCAGCACACGGUCCUACCCGAGCGCAGAGAGGAGGAGGAGGAGGAGGAGGAGGAGAGAGAUCGGCAGCAGAAGAGGAAGAGGCAAGGUGCCUCCCUUUCUUCCCUUUAACUCUCGCUUCCCCCCUCGCUGUGCACCACAGCCUAGCGGGCUUUCCACGGACUGCACCCGCAUUGCCGCUGACCCAACCCAGAACGCACAGAGGCUGAAGCCGCGUGCCUGGAGAUGCAGGUGUUUUGUUGCUCUGUGGCAUCGCUGCUGUGUCUGCAUCCCGAGUUGCUGCACUGCUCGAAAAUGCUCAGACUUUGCACGCGGCAGUGACGCUCCUGGAGGAAAUAGUGCGGCUCUGGCGCAUGUCCGUGCGCUUGGAUAGUACAAGUUUGAAAGGCUUCCAUCGCGGAUGCAGCCGUACUUAGGUGUGUUUUUUUUUUCACCAUGGGCGUUGACUAAAAGACAGAGAUUUACCAGCUGCCAAGUGAGUAUGAGGAGGCACUUGUGAGGACUGUGGAACUCCGCUCAGUAAUCGCUGGAUCAUGCAGAUUCUCCCGCCCGGGACGUUCUUCCUCUUACUUGCCCACGCACACGUGUUGUCAUCCUUGAAAUAUAAUGGAGAGGCUCACGGCAGAGUGGAAAGCAACAGCAGCAGGACUUUCCACGGCUGGCCCUGGGAAAGUCAUCAAAACAAAGCCCGGGAGCGCGCGUACCUGCCGGCGCACGCCACAGGUGCGUCGUCGGCGGAGCAGCCGGCGCAGGGGGCAGUUAUCAGAGCGAAGCUAAACGCCACUCAUCCCUGGAUGAGGGUCGCUGCAGAGGAAGUAAGGCGAGCCGGGCACACCAGGCGGGACUUCAACAGGACCGUGACGCCCCCGGAGGAUCCCAGCAGCGCCUCACACUGGGACGCGACGCGCCACCACAAUAGGAGGAUAAAGUUGAAUGGCGCACUAAGUAUCACGGAGACGCCAGCAGGUGGACACUACAAUGCAGCUAAGGCAUCUAUAGUAGGAGGGGGGCAAGAGGAGGGUGAGGAACACACCAGGGGCACAAAAGACGAGUUGAAGAAAACCCUGAGGAGGGGGAGAAACAGACUGAACAAAAACUCCGGAGUUGUGGCUCAACCUCACUCGUCGCCUUGGGAACCCAUUCCUAAACCAGUUGCCCUCACCUCCACCGACCUGCCCUUUGACCUAUUCACCAGGAGAGCUGAGCUUUUCACUUUCAGGGAGGAGAAUCCCUGGGACGCCACUCCAAUCACCCCUCCCGGGUCGCAAGAUUUUGGGGAGGAAAUUAAAAAUCCCUUCUACCCAGUGACAAGUGAGACUUUUGGUGCAUAUGCCAUCACCUGUGUGUCAGGGGUCAUUUUCCUGGUGGGGAUAGCAGGCAACAUUGCCAUCCUGUGCAUUGUGUGCCAGAACUAUUACAUGAAGAGCAUCUCCAACUCCUUGCUGGCCAAUUUGGCAGUUUGGGAUUUCGUGCUCAUUUUCUUCUGCUUGCCCAUGGUUGUUUUCCAUGAACUGACAAAGUCCUGGUUGCUGGGGGAAUUUACCUGCAAGGUGGUUCCCUAUGUGGAGGUGGCCUCCCUUGGCGUAACAACCUUCACUCUCUGUGCGCUCUGCAUUGACCGCUUUCGUGCAGCCACCAAUGUUCAGAUGUACUACGAAAUGAUCGAGAACUGCACUUCUACCACUGCCAAGCUAGCAGUCAUCUGGAUUGGUGCCCUCCUUUUGGCCCUCCCAGAGCUUCUCAUUCGGCAGCUUGUAACAGAGGACGCCGCACUCCCAGAUGAGCCUCCAGUUGAGCGCUGCAUCAUCAGGAUAUCCACCUCACUUCCUGACAUCCUCUACGUGCUGGGUCUCACCUAUGAGGGCGCUCGGCUGUGGUGGUGCUUUGGCUGCUACUUUUGUCUGCCGACCCUCUUCACCAUCGGAUGCUCUUUGGUGACAGCCCGCAAAAUCCGGCAUGCAGAGCAGGCCAGUGUGCGCAGCAACAAGAAGCAAAUCCGGCUUGAGAGCCAAAUGAAUUGCACAGUUGUGGCAUUGGCUAUCGUCUACGGAGCAUGCGUGGUGCCUGAGAACAUCUGUAACAUAGUUUCUGCAUACAUGGCUGCGGGCGUUCCGGAGCACACUAUGUCCAUUCUGCAUCUUCUUUCCCAGCUGCUAUUGUUUUGUCGGGCCGCUGUGACUCCAGCACUGCUGCUGCUUCUGUGCCGCCCACUGGGCAGGGCUUUUCUGGACUGCUGCUGUUGCUGCUGCUGUUGCAACCGCGCUCCAUCCUCGGCGACGGGCAGUGACGAUAACGAACAUGAAUGUACGACAGAGCUGGAACUGUCGCCAUUCAGCACUAUCAGAAGGGAGCUAAGUAACUACACACCUGCCGGAUCCAACUGCUAAGCUGGCAUUUCUCAUCAGUGACUGACCUACAUUUCCCAUAUUCAACUAGAAGAGCUUUACCUAGCUAACACAUACUCUGAAAUGUGGGCAAUUGAGAUUGGACCAAAACAUGUCAUUGAGCCAAAAGUCUUACUAAGUUCGUGCUAAAGCCCUAAUUUUCUAGUAUAAACAAAAAAAGAAUAUUAAAAAAGUAGUUUUUUAAAUGGUUUCGGGUGCUGAUCAAAGUUGAACUGUGUAUAAUUAUACUUACCAAUCUUGCCUAAAAGUUUUCCAACUUCCAAUUUCUCUGGUAGGUCUUUAGUUUAAAAACCAAAUCCUGGGGGUUUCAAAAUCUAGGUCCUCAGAGUUAACUAAAUCAGAAAAUAUGAAGGAAAUUGUUUUUAUGCAGUUCAAGGACCAGACAAAACAAGAAAAAAUAAUUUUCAAGAGUUUACAAUAAAGACACAUUUGGCAGUUAUACCUUUGGAGAUAAUCAGUGCCAAUCACAAUAGGGAGAAUUGACUGAUAACAUAUUUUGUCCUUUUGUGAAAGAACUCUUUGUCUAACUAAACAUCUAAACUCACACUGCCUUUGAAAGGACUCAACCUUGUUUACUGGAUGCAAGUGCACAUUUAAAUGUGUAUAUGGUGUACAUAUGGUAACAACACUCACAAUGAUUACGCUACGCAAAGGAGAUUCUACUACAGGAUUCCCCCUUAAAACAGGAUCACUAAAUACUUUAUAUCAAGAACUAUCCGGUCGAUUCAGACACAACUGGGCUGGUCUCAGAGUGCAUCAACAUAUAGAUGAGUGGAAUUUUGAGAGGGACAUCAGAAACGGAUUAAAAUCAACCAACACAAUGAAAUGAACUGAAUGGAGUGAAUGUUUGAUGGAAUGGUAAGCAUAGGA